AUGAGCCAGAAUGGAUUUCCCUUUUCAAGCUAUAUGGAUCAUCUUCUGUCUGAGGGCACCAAGGGCCAGUGUGAAGGGAAGCCGCAGGAGACACAGUCGAGGCUAUGUACCAUCAGGAACGGGAAGUUUAAUACGGAUGAGAAGAACACAUGGUUAGAACCGUAUAUCAGAUCAAAGACAGGGGGAGAGGUCAAGACAGUCCUCGAAGCUAGUGCUUCAAUUUGUAAGAAUAUGGAAAAGUGGGCUAUGGCGUUGGUGAAGGCCGCAAGAGCUCAUAAUACAUUUGAAGAAACUCCAGAUUGUAGUAUUGAUGGGCUUGGAUUAGGAUUAAGGAGCGGAACAAGCUCAGGAAGAUGUCCAAGAGGGAGACUCUCACUCGAGUGGAAUGAGUAUAGCAAGAGCGAUGGAUUGACCAAGAAUAGUUCUUCUUGGAGGAGGUUGAGGGUAUGUCAGGAUAUAGUGGAGAUGAUAGUUGAGAUUUUCGGCAUAGGAUAUAGGCAGAAGCAGUUUCCAAUAGCCCCACGGGGGCAAGGGGGGUUAUGUGACUCAAUAUAUAAAGGAUUGGCCAGCUGGGGGGGUCAACGAGUAGCCCAGAUGAUAAUGAAGGAGUGGUAUACACAACAGGUUAAAAUGAGAACGGGAGGACAGGAUUAUCUAAUAAGAGGGAAGGAUUUUUUUGAGUUGAUUCAGGAGAUUAUUUGGGGCACCGAUAAAGCCGAUAAGAUGUUUGGCUGCACACCGUGCGAGCAAACCUCUGAAACACAACCAACGGACGAAGUCCAGUGGUGUGACAUGAGAUUAAGUGGAGAGGACCAAUCCGUAAACCGGCUUGCCCCGGGCAACGCCUCCCAAAAGGCCUCAAGGGGUGCUGAAGGCGAAGACGUCUCAGGGGUAUCCUCGGAUUCACACCCGGGAAGACAACAGACGGGUUCACAUUUGCCAGGGAGGGACUCGGCACCGGUACCCAAGCAAGAGCAGGACCUAGAGGAGGGGGAUGUGGGGCCUAAAGGGGGUGUCUCAUCGACGCCUUCAGGAGGGAUUGAAGAGACAACAGCGAACGGGGGCUUUAUCUCAGAAGUCCUAGGAGGUGGGGCUUCCCUAGUGUUAGGACUGGGGGCGUCCUAUGGUCUGUAUAGAGUAUUUCGUCGUAAUAGAGUAGGGUCAGCCAGCGAGAGGAGGUCAGGUGUCUCAGGGACGUUGGGGUAUGCAAUGAGAUAA